UUGGACUGUGUGUUGAAUCUUGCUCUCAUGACUAUGACUGUCCUGAUAACGAGAAGUGCUGCCCCAAUGGAUGUGGACGUGAGUGCAUGGCUCCUGUCGGAGCAAAGCCAGGAGAAUGUCCUCGCAGCACCUGACUGUUGGACUGUGUGGUGAACUUUGCUCCAAUGACAGUGACUGUCCCGAAUAACGAGAAGUGCUGCCCCAAUGGAUGUGGAAAUGAGUGCAUGGCUCCUGUCGGAGUGCCUCCUCCCAAACCAGAAUGUCCACAGCAUCUUAAGCUUGCUCUGUCACGUAAGGGGUGUAAUGACUGUCCUAGAGACCACACAUGCUGCGUCUAUAAUGGUGAUGAAGUCUGCGUCCCUUCUGUUCUCACAAAGCCAGGAGUGUGUCCUCGCAGGCACCUGACUGUUGGACUGUGCGUUGAAUUUUGCUCCAAUGACAGUGACUGUCCCGGUAAAGAGAAGUGCUGCUCUACCAGAUGUGGACGUAAAUGCAUGGCACCAUACGUAGUGAAACCAGGAGUGUGUCCUCACAGACGCUUCGAUAACAUAAUGUGUGGCGAAUUUUGCUCUAAUGAUAGUGACUGCCCCAAUAAUGAGAAGUGCUGCUUCAGUGGAUGUGGUCAUCAGUGCAUGGCGCCUUACACGGACUGGUACCUUGUCUGAGGCCUCCACGUGUGUGCCGAGUACUACUAUCAUGAUGGUCAGGGUCCAGGACAUCAGACGUGCUGCAGGACAACCUGUGAUUACACCUGCAGUGAGCUCUGCUGCCAAUCUAUAAAAAAACAUCAUUAAACUUACUGUGACCAUCUCUGCAAAUGAAUCCAAAUCACUUUUUCCUUCUUUAGUGCGAUAAGCACUUCCUGUUUCUGAUGAUAAUCAUGUCUCUCUGAUUUUUUUCAAACUGACAUAUUUGUCUUACAAAUAAAAAACGGUGUGUUGGCAUUUUA